AAUGACAAAACAGAUAUUCCCAUAUAUUGAAGACAUUUUCCAUGGCAAAAGCAGCUAAACAUCUCACAGAUAAGAGAUAAAUUGGAAUAAACAGCUGUCACAGUUAAAUAAAUAUCCUGGAUAAUGUACAGGACAGAAAUAACUACAGCAUGGUCGAACUCCUUUCUUCACUUUAUUUAGCUGUUCUUGCACGUAGCUCCCAAUCUUUCCACUGCUUCAGUUAGUAGAGCAUUUAUUUUUGAGUCAGCUGCAUUUGUUAAGACUGUAACAACGAAAGGCAUUUCCUGAGAAGCUGCAAGGAUGAGCAACAAGAAAGAACAACAGCUAAGGAAAUUCGGGACCGUAGUAGUGCUUUUUAUCUUCCAAGUUCAGAUUUUUGGUUUUGAUGUUGACAAUCGACCUACAACAGAUGUCUGCUCGACACACACAAUUUUACCUGGACCAAAAGGGGAUGAAGGUGUAAAAGGAGAUAGAGGAGAAGUGGGCAAACAAGGAAAAGUUGGACCAAAAGGACCAAAAGGAAACAAAGGACCUGUGGGGGAUGCUGGUGACCAGGGAAUGCUUGGGAAAAUUGGCCCAAUUGGUGGAAAGGGUGACAAAGGAGCCAAAGGCUUAUCAGGGGUUUCUGGAAAAAAGGGAAAAGCAGGCACGGUCUGUGACUGUGGAAGAUACCGCAGAGUUGUUGGACAACUGAAUAUCAACGUUGCUCGUCUUAACACAUCCAUCAAGUUUUUAAAGAAUGUUAUAGCAGGUAUCAGGGAGACAGAUGAGAAAUUCUAUUACAUCGUGAAAGAAGAGAAGAAUUACAGAGAAGCCUUGAUCCACUGCAGGGACAGAGGAGGAACGCUGGCCAUGCCCAAAGAUGAGGCAACCAAUGCCCUGAUCGCUGACUACAUCUCCAACAGCGGCCUCUUCCGAGCCUUCAUUGGGCUGAAUGACAUGGAGAAGGAAGGACAGUUUGUGUAUGCAGACAACAGCCCACUGCAGAAUUACAGUAACUGGAAGGAAGGGGAGCCUCACGACGCAGCUGGCCGCGAGGACUGUGUGGAAAUGCUCAGCACGGGAGAGUGGAACGACUCCGAGUGCCAAGUCACCAUCUACUUCGUCUGUGAAUUCCUCAAGAAGAGGAAAUAAAAGUGACACAGAAUUUCACCUGGCACCUGCUGUGCAUACAAUAACCCCUCCUCAUUCACCCACUGUAGGGAAAGCACACAACCAGGGACAGGGCUCGCUCCAGCCUUCACCUCACUGGGUUAAGAAGGAGUAACUACUGUUAAGAUGGCAGUGACCAUAAAGUCAGCACAGGUACGCAGGGGCAUCCAGCCAGUUGUGAAUUUUUAUUUCAUUUCUACGUGCCAUUUACGGUGGGCAUUUCUAUGCACAAUUUAGGGGCAAAUUUAUAGCACACAGAGGUGAAUAUGAGUUCACUGAUGCUAGGAAUAGUAAACUCACUGGUAUAUUAAUUGCUGAUGUGCUUCACAAAGUCCACAGACAGAAAGAGGGAUCUUUACUUACUGACCUGCACAGGAAGUCCUACUCAUUUCCCUGGUGACUUCAGAAAAGCUGGGAGAACAGGUCUGUGCUUUCUCUUGAAAAUAAAUCCUUUUUUUUUUUUUUAGAAUCAUAGAGUAAUUUAAGUUCAAAGGGAUCUCUGGAGGUGAUCUGCUUGAAUCUUCCAUGCAAAGCAGGGCCAACUUCGAACUUAGGUUAACAGUUGUUACACUCUCCUUAAUUUGGCUAUGCAAUUAUAUUGCCUGAUAUGCAGUGGAGGACUCAUUUAUCUCUGCUGCCAACUCUAUUACCCAUCGGGCUGGUCUGAUGCCACGGCUUGUAGGCAACCUAAGACUAUAUGGAGCAGUUCUAGUCUCUGAUGUUCCCCAAAAUCCAUGAAAAACAUAGAGAAGUCUAGCACAAAGAACAGUGCAAAGGAAGCAACACUAUUGCUGCGGGCUGUGAACAGGCACAUGUAGUAUCAGUUAUACCAGUGUGCACUGCUGGCUUAACAAAUGCCUCUAGGAACAUGUCAACUCCCCAGCUCAGUAGCCAGUAACAUCUGAUGCCUCAUGCUAAAAUCACCUGUGCCUUUGCAACAAAGGAAGCAGCUAUAGAACAGGCUUCAUCCCCCAAGAACCCAGAUUCAGGUGUGGUUGAACAACUUAGUCAUGCACUUCGGCAGGACUCUCCACAGAAGAUGACCAAAAAGUAUGAAGGCUUUGCUGUCCAAGCCUGGCUACUCAGAUCUCCAUGUCAGUAUACCCACAAUGGAUCAUAUUUUCCUGUCUCUGAUAAUAGUGGAAAAACUCUUUUUUUCAGGCACAGCAACCAUUUUGCAUUCAGAAGUGAGCCUGUUCUUACUCAUGAUUCACCUUUCUUCACAGCAGGAGAUGUCAAGAGAAACCCCAGGGCCCCUGUAAUGAAGGUCUAUAGAUUUUCUUUCCUACCUGACACUAAAAAUGAAGGAAUGAUAUCUGGAGGCUAAGGAGAAUGGUAGACACUAGGCACAGUGCAGCAGUAUACCCUGCAGGGCACUCUGAGCACUGGUUACACAUGGUCUUCCUCUGGGUAUAUGAAGAGUUGGACAUGCCAUGAGCUAUUAAUGCAGAGGGGCAGCUCCAAGCCUCCCUUCUACUGCUGUGUACAGCACUGCAAAGACAAAUAGACAAUAAUCUACUUCCUCAACCUCACCCUCAACAGGAAAAUCCACCAAACCAUUUAGCUGGUUGUUAGUGUGACCCCAAGCUCAUAUCUGAGCAAUGACCAAUGCAGGAGCAUCCCGGCAGACUCUGUGACUCAGAACCACUCUUGCAAUCCAGUUUUUCAGCCACUUGUUCCUCCAUAAAACCACCUGUUGCUACCAGCAGUAAAUUACCCGUGUUGCCACACACCCUCCAGGGAACUAUUCAGGCCCAUGAAUGAAGGGGUGGAACCACAUUUCUUUUCAUUGCUGCCCUACUAUGCUGUGAGAGUAUUUGGGAAAUAGAUUCACUUAGCACAACAUAACUCAUCCUGAAUUGUUCCCUUCCUGGGAAUUGAUAUUCCCCCAAAUUAAGCAGAAUUACAUUUUUUAGGAUCUAUAAUAAUAAACUCAUUAAGCUAAA